UUUGGAAAGAGUGGCCGCAGGUGAAAACCAAUGGAAGUUUCUUGCUUUACAUUCCUAAAAAGCUUACCAAAGUGGAAGUGGACAAUAUUUGCUCUGGGAGGAAAGAACUGCUCAGAUCCAACGGCAUCUUGCAAGUGUGGAAAUUUUAGUACAAACACUGUGUGCAAAGACAAGACUGGAUUUGAUGAAGAUUCCUGCAAGAAACAAGGCUACAACGACAAGUACAUAAUAAACAUGACAACAGGUACCUUCUGCGUGAACUGCGACAACCCGGUGAAAAAUCCAGACGAGACGAUUCAACUUGACACUGUGUUUGAAAACGACGAAGAAGAAGUUGAUGCAUCCAAAGCUGUUGAACUAAUGGCUGGAAUGGGAGAGUUAAUUUCCAAAAUGAAUGGCACUUCAGCUGAACUGUCAGUGGGAAAAGGGGUCGAGGGAGUCAUAGUGAGAAAAACCAACCCCGAAGAACUGGAUGAGGUAUCCUUCGCUUACAUGGAUCCAAACGACAAGCUGAAAAUUGUGGAGGACGCUAAAACUCUUCAAACGUUUUCUAGAUCUAUCUCCGUGUCCAAGGAAGCCUUCGAAAAGGUUAUCAGUUCAAACAUCACCAUUCCUUACGCGGCUGUUCUCCGGUUCUUGAAUAUGACUCGGGAUGAGAACAACAGCACCAUUUUGGCCGAUGAGGUUGUUGCGAUUGAGAUGGGAGCCGAGAUCAAGAAUCUCACCGAAAAAAUAAGCAUCAAUUUCAAGAAUGUUGUAUUAGAUAAGCAGUUUCCAAACUGUAGCUCAUGGAAUGGUGAAGGAAGUAAACCUAACUGGACUUUAGAAGGAUGUGAAACUAUUGUUGAAGGACAAACCAUCAAAUGCCGGUGUUCGCAUCUAACGUUCUUUGCUAUCUUGCUGACUCCCAUCAAUGAAACCAUCUCCAGUUCGGACCUGAACACCCUCACUAUGAUCACGCAGGUUGGGUGCGGCGCCUCGGUUUUCUUCCUCGGCAUAAUCCUCUUCAUGUACUUCCUUAUAAGGAAGACGAAGGCCAGUACUGCCACACAAAUCCUCAUCCACCUGAUUGGUGCCUUGUUCCUGCUGAAUUUGACCUUCCUCGUCAAUCACUUUGUGGCUGAUCUGAAAAGCCCCGUGGGUUGUGAGAUAAUGGCUGCCGUGAUGCACUUCUCCAUGUUGGCCACUUUCAGCUGGUUUGCUGCACAGGGCUUCCAUCUCUGUCUGCAGCUGUACAGUGGAGGAAAUAUCGCAAUAACACGCUACGUACUCAAAGUUGCAGUUUUCACCUGGACACUGCCAGGGAUAGCAGUGAUUGUUCUCGGCAGCUUGAGAAAAUAUGGUGAACUGACCAUCUACACUGAUAAUCCCGAAAACAACGUGGCAAUGUGCUGGAUAACCGACAAUAACGUCCACUACAUCGUCAACAUCGGCUACUAUGCGCUGGUCUUCAUCUUCACCUUCAGCACGGUCAUCAUCACGAUGUCUUGGCUCUUUUGUCUCAGGAGAAACAAAUCAGCCAGCCCGCAAGAAAACAGAAGUGGCACCAGCAUAGUAAUCAUCCUGGGUCUUUGUUGCCAGCUCGGUGUCACGUGGGGCUUCGCCUUCUUCGCCUAUGGUUCCUUUCGGGUGGCAGCCACCUACAUUUUCACAAUCCUCAACUCCUUCCAAGGUUUCUUCCUCUUCAUCUAUUACUUCAAGACGACCCGAGUCGGACCAGGCGGUGCCGCUGCGAAGGACGGCUCGGGGAGCACCAACAGCAGCGUCAGCACUCUUAAAUCCGGGCUGGAGAGCGUCGUGAACCCAUACGUGUCUUUUGAAAAACAAAAAGGCAUGUGAUUUCAAACCAGAUUCAGAAGAAGUACCAAAAAAUGUAGAGUGUAUCCAUGUAAAAUAAUGUAAUUUUGUGCUAUUUGUCUCCUGAGCGAAAAAUAUAGUUGUUGUUUUUUAAUUAUUUAAACUUGUUUAAGCCAUCUGCUGUGUUUUUUGCGCUUUAGUGUCUGAAAUAAAAGGCCUGUCAACUCAUUCUUCAUCAAAAGGCAUAAUCUCAUUCAAACCAAACCAUACCAGUCAACCAUUUGUUUUCCAUAUUAUUUUUCAUGCUUUUACAGUAACAGUGCAUCAGCUCCACCUCUGCAGCUUCCUGCAAAAUGUUCUCUGGGCUACUCCACUGUUGUUUAACUUCCUGGAAAAUGCAAUAAAAAAAAAUAUGCUAACUUAAUCAGGAAAGUUGUAGAAAAGAUUUAUGGUAUUUUUAUUUUUAUGUUGUUUUUAUCCUAAACGAUGGUGUGACGAUGAUUGCGAUUAUUAUGUAUUGUUAAAAACUACGUAUUAGUACAAGUGUGUGUUUGUGCCUUUCAUUGUUCUGGGGGUUGUAGUAACUGGUGCAAGUUUGCUGUGCACGUUGUGACCAUUUUACUGACUGUUAAUACAUUAAGUAAAGAAUAAACUGAAUACUUCCUUAA